CUUCGUUGGCCGGGGGAUGUUCGUGCUGAACCCGAGCAUUCCCUCUGCUCCUUAGGGCGGUGGCAGCGGCAGCGACGGCGGCAGGCCGGGCUACCCCCCGGACAUGGCGCUGAGGGAGCUGAAAGUUUGUCUGCUUGGGGAUACAGGUGUAGGUAAAUCAAGCAUUGUAUGGCGGUUUGUAGAAGACAGUUUUGAUCCAAACAUCAAUCCAACCAUAGGAGCAUCAUUUAUGACCAAGACAGUCCAAUAUCAGAAUGAACUACAUAAAUUCUUGAUUUGGGAUACAGCUGGACAAGAAAGAUUUCGUGCCUUAGCACCCAUGUACUACCGAGGUUCGGCAGCAGCUAUAAUCGUUUAUGACAUCACAAAAGAAGAAACAUUUUCAACAUUAAAGAACUGGGUGAAAGAACUUCGACAGCAUGGGCCACCUAAUAUUGUUGUUGCUAUUGCAGGAAAUAAGUGUGACCUUAUUGAUGUACGGGAAGUCAUGGAAAGAGAUGCUAAGGACUAUGCUGAUUCCAUCCAUGCAAUUUUUGUAGAGACUAGUGCUAAAAAUGCGAUAAACAUAAAUGAACUCUUUAUAGAAAUUAGCCGAAGAAUUCCAUCAACAGAUACUAAUCCCUCAUCUAGUGGAAAAGGCUUCAAAUUAAGAAGACAGCCUUCAGAGCCAAAGCGAAGCUGUUGUUGACUGAUAUACAGCAUUUCAGACUUAAUUAUAAAGUAGGUGGCCCUGAAAGUUAAUGGGGGUGUUUUGAGAAUAUGUGUUUUGAGUUUUCAUCUGACUGAUCAUCGUACAGAAAGAGCCUACGGAACUCGACCAAUUUGUUUCUAGUUUCGUUGACUUCCUGAAGACUGCAGAUGUGAAAUUUCGGUCUGUUUACUUCUAUUAUGUAAAGAAUUUCUUGUAUUCAGAAAGAAUACUUCAUUGAAAUUUUUGACCUUACUGAAGACGAAUGUUUAAUUGUAUGGAUAAUAACAUUAAAAUGUUUGAUAGUUUUGUAAUCAAGAUUUUAUGUCAUGUUUUGUAAAGGGAAAAUUGAGCACUUUUGUGGUUCUUGAAAAAUAGGCCUUGUAGAAAUUGUAAUUUUGACACUUAGGUUACUUUACUUUCCAUUAUCAUUGCUAGAGUAUGCUGUACCACUUUAAAUUUGAGUGAAUAUCCAAAGUGGAAGGAGGGUGGGUGAUUGUUACUUUGUAUUCAAAAUAAGUUAUUUAUAGAACUGAUGGAAAGGAUCUCAUCCCCUACCAUCCCUAAAGCACUUUUGAUUGAAGGUAUUAGCCAUGGAUGGAUACAUGCAAUGAAUUAAAACAUGAAAUAGUCCUUUCGUUUUUCCUAUAAUUUAUGUUUAGGCAGAUGCAUCAUUGGCACAUUUUAAAAUAAGUUAUGAUCAAAAUGGUGGUCGUAGAAAACAUAGUUUGAACACAGCAUACUCAAAACUGUUUUGAAUUGACUGGCAAUAAAAAAGCAGUAGCAUAAA